AUGAUACCUGUUUACAUCUGCGAGUACAAGGAACAUUACGUGUUAGCAAAAACUGUUUUGUUUUAGGAAGAUAAGAUUUUAUUCUAUCUUCAUCACCAGUAGCCCAUUGCCAUGUUGGACAGUGAUGUACCAAAUGAUCACCAGCUGCUACAAACUCCUCCGGUGUUAAUACUCCAGUUUCGCGAAAUUUACUUUCCUUUAAUAAUUACAAGUUAAAAAUUACAAUAAUUACAAACAUAAUUAAAAACUAUAUUUCAUUUGCAUAUAUAAUACAUUUUAACAGAAAUGAAGAAAAAAUGUGAAAAAAAUAUAAUUAAAAAGAAAGCAAAAGAUUAUUAUAAAAAAUAAAAUAUUUGAUAAUGAAUUGAAAUUAUCAUUAAGGAGAAAAGGAAUUGGAUGCAAAUAUUUGCAAUAAUAAUGAAAAAAAUAAGAACACAAUAAUAUAAUAUUAUAAAUUAUAUAUAGAGGUGCUCUAAGAAUAUUAUAAAGGUCUGUGUACAACAAAGAUGUUUUUAAAAAUCCAUUUUAUUUUAAUCUGCUGUUUCUUCCAUUACAUAGAAAGUUAUUAUUAUAAUAACAACAUCAUAAAUAAAUAUUAUUUUUAUGAUGAAAAUAAUAAUCUUAUAUAUAUAUAUGUUUCAGCAUGUAAUACAUUUAUUACAGUGUAUUGUAUAGCAACAUAUAGCAACAUAACAUAAACAGAUAAUUAAAUAGUGUAUAAUGGGAAUGUUCAUUAGAUAAAAUUGUAUAUGAUUUAUGCAAUAUACUUUUAUUAUUUUUGUGAAAGUUUUAUAAGAGAAUAUUUAUGUUGAAAAUGUAUUUAUAUAGCAUACCUUUAACACAGGGGUUAAGUAUUCGGCAACACCAAGCGCAGUACCUUUUACAGAAUUAAUGACACUCUGCAUCGCUAUCUCGUGCAACAAGAAAUUCAAAUUUACUAAAAACGUGAAAGAUCAGAGAGGGCAAUUGCUUAAUACUAACAUUCGUAUAUCAACAGUUUCUAACAUGGUUGAUCACUCUGAAAUUUCAAAUGCAAAUUUAGAAGAUAUUACAAAAGCGUUAGAAGAUAUGGAUAGUUUAGAUAUAAAAUUAUUUAAUAAUACAUUUAAGAAAUCAAAUUCUACAAGCAUUUUUAAAGAUUCUAAUAUUCAAUCUGAUGGAGAAAUUAAAAAAAAAGUUCUAUUUAAAGAUUCUAAUGAGGAUGAUUUAUUAGUUGAUUUGUUAUCCGAUGAAGAAAUCUCUGUAAAAGAAAAGAAAAAUCUAUUUACAUCUAGUAGCAAAAGUAGUUUAAUGGAAGAUCUUUUCAAAAUCAAAAAUCCAGUUACAUCUGCAAGUAUUAAAUCAAAUAAUGAGCUGGAAUUUCAGUUUGAGCAAGGAGAAUCUAAUCAAUUAUCUUCUCAGAAACUAAAUGGUUACUCAACUUCUGAGAAUAAUCUUAUUUCUCAGACUGAAUUAUCCAAACAGAAAAAUACACAAAACUUAAAAAGUAUACCUCAAAAUGAAAAGAGUAAUUUAGUAAGUUUAAUCAAUAACUCUGAUGCAAUAGAUAAAGCAGAAAGAGCAUCUUUAAAAGAGCAUUUAUUUGAAAAUCAGCCACAUUUAUCAAAUGUUAUGGACUCCAUAAUUUCUAAAAAUAUUAAAAAAACAGAAUCACAAACUAUGGCACAAUCUGUAAAUAAUACACAAGAAUCAAAAUUGAAUACUACUGAUCUAUUAACUAAAUCUGCUACAAAAGAAUUUCGUAGAGGUAGGAGAAAUACAAAAAUCAUAAAUGAUCCUCUUGGUUUAUUAUCGGAUCAAAAUUUAGAAUUGGUAUCAAAUGAAAAUAUUCCAACUAAAAAUUCCAUUGUGCAUAAAACAGAAAAUGAUUUACCAGAGUGGUUAAGUGAUUCAAAAAGAUUAGGAGAUGAAAAAUCAGAAACAAAAAUAGGAAUGGCUAAAACGGAUAAAGUAGUUACUUCGAAACAAAAUAUUAAAGUUCACAACACGAAUAGUAUAGUAGAUUUAAAAAAAACUAGUGGAAACGAAUUAGAAGAUACACUGUUGUUUAAUACACAACUGACAUUAAAUGAACAAAAUUCACUCGUAAAUAUAAAACAACAAGAAAGUGAAUUAAAAACAGCAACAAUGCUUUCCCAACAAAAUGAACAACUAAAUAAAAUAUCAAAUACUCAACAUUCUAUACUGCAUAGUCAAGAGGAACAAUUUAAUGCUCUUUUAAAAUUACAGUUAGAAAAACAGACUUUACUAGAAAAACAAAUAAAACUGCAGCAAGAACGCAUUAACCAAUAUAUUCAUGUUUUAACAACACAAUUAAGGCCAAUAUCAAGUAUUACAUCAAUUUAUACAAAUUGCAACUCAGACGUAAGUGAAGAAGAAAACAAAUUUGUAAAUGAAAUAAAAGAAAUGAAAGAUGUAAUAAAAAAACUACAGGGAGAAAAAUCAAAAUUAGAAUAUAAGUUAUCCACUGUAAACGAAAAACAUGAUAAUGAAAUAACAUUUCAAGCAGAAUUUUAUGAGAAGCAAAUCUCAUUUUUGAGAGAAGUAAUAACAAAAUCAGAAGAAAGAGUUAAACAAGAAAUAGAACGUUUAGAAGUAGAUUACAUGACAAAAUUUGAAAACUUAAGAAAUGACAAGUUACAAAUAGAAAACCAAUACAAAGAAGAAAUUCAUAAUCUAAAGGACAAACAUGCUCAACACAUAGAAGAACUUUGUAAAUUACAUUCUGAAAAUCUCUCACUUUUGCAAAAAGAAUAUUAUAAUAUAAUAGAAAGUAUAUCUAAAGCCAAGCAAAUAGAAGAUCAAAUGACUGAAAUUAUGACCACUCGAAAAACGGAUAUAGAGGAUAUAUUAGAAAAAGCUAGUGUUAUUAUUGAAGGAAUGGUGGAAAACAAAAAUAGAUUGGAAAUUAAAUGUGAUGAAAUAAAGAAAUCUCAAGCAAAUAUUUUAAAAUUGCAAGAAGAUGAUGUAAAAGCACAAAAACUUGAAUUAAAGUAUCACAACAAUGUCUUGGAAGAACAUCGUGAUAAAUUUAUACAAACAACAGAGAAAUUUGACACUCAUCUUACACAACUUAUAACUGAACUUCAAAAACAAAGUGCACUGUACUACCAAGCAAAAGAAACGCAUGAUAAGGAAGUAGCAAAUUUCUUACGAGAAAAAGAAUUAUUUCAAGAAAAAAUGAAAUGGGAACAAGAUUAUAUGCAGGCAUUAAAAGAAUCUUGGAUAAAAGAACAAGAGAAACAACUAAAAUUACUUGCAGAGGAAAAAGAAAUAAUAGCAAGUGAAAAAGCAGAAUUAGAAGUUUUAAAUAAAUUAAAAAGUAAUAAUAAUGAAGUUGUUAAAGUAGAGUUGGAAACUGCUAUUAAAACUGCACAGGAUGCAAACGUAUCUGCUAAUCAAGAAAAAUUAAAAUGGCAAGAAAAGAUUAACGAGUUUAAUAUUUACAAGCAAAUUCUACAAGAUAAGGAAAAUUUACUUAUUUUACGUGCCAAAGAACUUGAAUAUCUUACACAGUCAGUUCUAAUUAAAAAGGAAGAAGGAAUAAAAGUUUUAAAAAAUGCAAAACAUUUGGAAAAUCAAAAUAAAGAAAAAUUUAAUCAGUUACAAAUACAAAUUCAAGCAUUAAUGGAAAGGGAAAAAAAGAUUGCAACUGAAAGAUACAAUACUACAAAAGAUAAAAUUAAAAGAGUUUCAUCUACUUAUGAAAUUGAAACACCCGAAAGAGAUCUAAAUGUUUCACAUAAUGAAAUAAUAUCCUUCUCUGAAAUGCAAUCAAAUUCUGAAAUCACUACAGAAUUGAUGGUAAGAAAGUUUAGUUCUUUCAAAUUAUUUUAUUUUUUAAGAGAAUUUAUUUGUUGCAGACUGUCAUGGAUCCAAAUUUAAUUAUGUUGAAAUUGAAUAUGAAUAAUGAGUAUAACUCUAUCAACAAAUACACGUAAAAUUAAUAUUUUAUAAUAUGAUUAAAAUGUAAAACAGUAUUUGUUCAGAUUUCCACAUUCUCAUCUAAAAAUAAAUAAUUACAGUAGUUAAAAAAUUAAGAUAUUUAAAAAAUUUAAAGAUCUUUUUCUUAAAUGAUUUAUACGAUAAAUUAAUUAUAAUUUAAGUAUUUGUAAUUAAGAGAGAUAACUAAUGAAUAAUUUUUCAUUGAUUGAAAAGUAAAAGAAACGAGUAUCAAAAAAUAUUUUUUAUUACACAAUCAAACUUACCGUUAUUAACUAAACAAUAUUCUUGUAAUAUAUCUGCAUUUUUCUGCAAUGUGUUCACAUUUGUGAUCAGAGAUUUUAUAUUACAAAGUUUACUUUCUACGCUAUUCGUACAAUAUGUCUGAAAAAGAAUAUACACGAAAUGUUAUAACUUUGAAUCUUUGUUUUUUCUUUAUAAUGAAUAUAAAAUAAACCUACAAUAUUAUGAAGAAGAUUUGCAGAAUUAAUAUUAUUCUCUUUGGUAGCAUCAAAAUUUGUAUAUAUAUUUGGUAAUUUAUUUAUAAAAUCAAUACCUUCCGAUAAAAACAUUGUUGCUUGACUAAAAAUAUUUAAAAUAAGAUAUUCAAUUUAAUAAGUAAUUUAAGAAAAAGAUGAUAAUACCGAUGAUAAUCUUGAGAAAUCGGUAAUCUUGGAAUAUUUUCUGAAUUGUGAACGAGUUGGUUAACUGAAUGUUUGUGUUUCGUUAAACAUUGAAGAUUUUUAAUAAUGUUCUCUUUAUAAUUAUUACGCUCGUCUAUAACGAAAAUUUUGAUAUUAAAUUUUAAUUCUAAAGUUAUUAAAAAUAAUUUUUUUAUUUGAUACAGAAAUAG